CAAAACACAAGGUAGAUAAAAAUAGAAACAAAAAAUAAAUAAUCUUAAGGUGUGGGUAAGCUCUGCAGCUCUCAUCCAUGGCGACGAUACCCACCACAGCCACCGCUACUAUGUGUCCGUCUCCUCCUCUCCCUACUAUUUCCCCCCUACUCAGAACAUCUCACCAAUGCCAACCAUCUCCUUCUUUAUCAUCCCCUUGUUCCAUUAAGCUUACUACUCCUCUGUUUUUCGGCGAGACCACGCUAGAUAGAACUGCUGAGAGCUCCGUGGUGAUCAAACCUGAGAAAUGGGGAAUUCAAUCUGAGAAAAGGAGGAAGAGAAGGAGGAGAAGAAGAGGAGGCCUCGACCGUUUGGAUCCUGAAGAAGAGGAAAAUGCUUGCUCAGAACCAGAGACAGAACCAAUUAGUGUUCCUGUUGUUGGUGGAGCUUCACGAUCUGGGUUUUUGAGUCGUUUAGAGGAGGUGCAGCUUUGCUUGUACCUCAAGGAAGGAGCAAAACUUGAAAAUUUGGGAACAAGUGCUCAAGAGAAUGAAAUGGUGUCAGUUUUGCUGUCAAGUGGCAAAGGGAAGAAGAAGCGUAGUGCAAAUGAGAUAUUAUGCAGAAGAAAAGAGGCUAGAGAAAAAAUUACACGGUGUUACCGUAGGCUCGUCGUCUCUAUUGCAACGGGGUACCAAGGGAAAGGGUUGAAUCUGCAAGACCUGAUUCAAGAAGGAAGCAUAGGGCUCCUUCGAGGAGCUGAGAGAUUUGAUCCUGACCGAGGCUACAAACUAUCAACUUAUGUCUACUGGUGGAUCAAACAAGCUAUCCUAAGGGCUAUCGCACACAAGUCUAGACUCGUUAAAUUGCCGGGAAGCAUGUGGGAGUUGACGGCAAGAGUUGCAGAAGCUAGUAAUGUGUUGACUAGAAAACUAAGACGGCAACCGAGCUGUGAAGAGAUUGCAGAGCACCUAAACCUCCAUGUAUCUGCGGUUAGACUUGCCGUGGAGAAGAGCAGGUCCCCUGUUUCAUUGGACAGAGUAGCGUCUCAAAAUGGCCGCAUGACAUUGCAGGAGAUUGUACGGGGACCGGAUGAAACAAGGCCAGAGGAGAUGGUGAAAAGAGAACACAUAAAGAAUGAGAUUGAGCAGCUUUUAGGAAGUCUUACCGCGAGAGAAUCUCGAGUAUUGGGACUCUACUUUGGGCUCAACGGAGAGACUCCAAUGUCGUUUGAAGAGAUAGGUAAGUCGUUGAAGCUUUCGAGAGAGAGGGUGAGGCAAAUCAAUGGCAUUGCUUUGAAGAAGCUAAGAAAUGUACAUAAUGUGAAUGAUUUGAAAAUAUACUAUUCCUCUAGUGAAUGAAGCAAAUAUGUUGUUCAAAAUCAUUACUAUAUAGAAAUUACAACUAAAAGACAUAUUGGUAUAA